UUCUUUUCGCCCGUAUCGUCACUGGUUCCCAUGGCAGCCUGAAAGCCCGGUCGUCUCCAGGGAAACGGAAAGCGUCAACAGUCCAAACGACCGACGCCUCGUGUAAAUGUUCAGGCUGACGCUUUUUACAUUAUUAAGUGCCCAGUAGCUUUUUGUUUUUUGUUUGUUUGUUUCCUCUUGGUGUUAAUUUGUGCCUCUAUGAAUGGAGUGUCUUGGAGUGUCAUCCCUUCAGAACCUACAGGCUCUGUCUGCCUUGCUGUCAACUCAGGAUGGCGAGGUUGACGAUGAUGAAGAAGAAAGCAAAAAUGUGACAGCCUGUGCACAGCUGGGCCCCGGACACAUCGGUCCCCCACCCAAGAACGAUAAAGAAGUGGCAACUGCCUAUGUGAGGAAGAACGGCAAAGAUAUCUGGAGCGAGGAAGAGGUGGCUGAGGGCUCCCAGUAUGACGAUGUGGCUGACCAGCGGCCACAGCCUGAGUAUGAAAUAAUCCUGAAGCAGAGUGUCCGGACAGAGGAUCUGUUCUUGGGCUUGAGUGGAAAGGACCCAUCCUCCAUGUGCUGUGAAGCCAUGCUGGUGAAAAUCAAACUGCCAGACACGAAAGCAACGGAGGUGGUCCUGGAUGUAAAAGAGAAGUUCCUUGAUCUACGGACGCCAAAGCAUAAACUGGGUCUCCAUCUUCCACACCCCAUCCACAGCCACGAGGGCAAGGCUCAGUUCUUCAGUGAGAGAGGGGAACUGGAGGUGACUCUAUUGCUGAAACGCUCCAUGGAUUUAAUCAACAUGCUAUAGGAAAGAAUGACAACAGCCCACAAGUAUUCAGAGGGAACAGAAAAGAUGUGACCCCGGUCAACAGUGGAGACUUAUACAUACUGCCUUGUUUAUGGGUCAAGGAAAGAAGGGAUAGAGAAAUGAUCAGUAUGAAUCCUGUGUAUUUCCUGAAAUUCAUUUUAUGUGAAUGUUGAGUUCAUGCUGUUAUUACAUGUGUCACCACUGGUUC